UGUUUCUUUUUGGAAAUUUCUUUGUUAAGGAACUUCACAGCAAAGCUAUAAUCCGUCACCGUCUCUGUCCGCCUCGCGCCACCAGGAAACGGAGCACUCACGGCUUCCCUCCGCCACUCUUUCUCGCCAACCUUUGCCUCCCUCUUACUCAUUCUCUUCAAUGUCGGACGUUCCCUUCUCGAAGGGCGACCGUGUGGAGGUCCGGAGGGCCUCGUCGCUGCCCGGCGGCUUGCGCGGUGGCGACGCAUUUUACCCCGCCACCGUGCUACGCGCCCCCGCCAGGUCCAGGGCCCAGAUUCUCGUCGAGUACGACAGCGUCGCAUCCCCAACUUCCACCCUCACGCCCCUGCGAGAGUACGUGCCGUGGGUCACGGCCCGGCCAGCACCGCCGAAUGAGUUCGGCCGCCGGUUCCUGCCGGGUGAGACUGUGGAGGCUUACGCCGAGGAGGGGUGGCACCAAGGCACAGUCUUGGAGGUCUCUGAAGAUAACUCGAGGUACUUGGUGUUCUUGGAAGCUACGCAAGAGGAGGCUGAUUUCUUGCAGUCAUGUCUGAGGCUCCGGAGGGAGUGGACCGGCGGGGGCUGGGACCCACCUUUCCCCGGCCAAAAGCUUCUUCCGGGGAAGCCAUCACCUGUGACGGAGUCUAAACCCGGGAAAGUUCGGCAACUCAAGAUCACAUUUAGCAAGAAAAGUGCACCACGUUUCAAGAAAGGUAAAACUGUAGAAGUUUGUAGCGAUGAUGAAGGGUAUGAAGGCGCUUGGUACACUGCUGUCAUAGUGGACUACCUAGGGAAUGGCAAGUAUAUAGUGGAAUAUCUCACUUUGAAGACCGACGAUGAGACUGCUCCUCUAAGGGAAGAGGCUCGUGAGGACUACAUCAGACCUUACCCACCUCGGCGACUAGUGCCGUUCAGUCUGCUUGACAAGGUCGAUGUUUGGUACAAUGAUGGGUGGUGGACAGGGGUUAUCUCAAAAGUCCUUAAUGGGUCAACGUACGUGAUCUACUUCAGUACAACCAAUGAAGAGUUGGUGUUUGAACAGUUGGACCUGAGGAUUCAUCAGGACUGGAUCAAUCAGAAGUGGGUCAUUGAUUCACAGGAUGCUUUCCAUCAGUUAGGACCUGCCACGGGAAACUUAAGUUCAAAAACUUACUUUCACAAGGGAAUGAAGGUAGAGGUUAGAAGCGAUGAGGACGGGUACCGAGGCUCUUGGUAUACAGCAGUGAUCUUGGACUCAAUUGGAGAAGACGUAUAUUUGGUUGAGUACCAGACCUUGAAAGCUGAUGAUGAGACUGAGCUCCUUAAAGAAAAAGUAAGGGGUUCUGACAUUAGGCCUUAUCCUCCCGAAGUUCAACAAACUUGUGGAUUUGCCCGUCUUGAGGCAGUCGACGCAUGGUACAAUGAUGGUUGGUGGAUGGGCCAUAUUUCACAGAUACUGAAAGACUUGAAAUACCAAGUCUACUUUAGAUUGUCAAAUGAGGAGAUGGUGUUUAAGCACGAUGACCUGAGGCCUCAUCUGGAGUGGAUGGGAGGGCAGUGGAUCCCUUCUUCUAAGGAUCAUAUUGCAGUUUAGAUAACGAAGGCAUAGGGGAAAAAUCAGGCUGUACAUUUUGAAAAGCUUCUCUUUAUCAGAUCAAAGCUCUAUCAGGGGGAUUGCUAGCUACCAUGACAUAUGCUGAAUUAGCAAAGGAUGAUUCUCUGUUAGGUCUGCUAAGCGGAGGCUCGUUGUCAUCUAAGGUCCCGCAGCUGCUGUCUCUUUGUGAAUAACACUAGCAUAGGACUGACCGUAUACGGAAUCAAAUUGUCUAUAUAUAUUAUAUUCCUCCUUUUGAAUCGAAUAUGACUCUUACAAACACUACUACUCAUCACAAGUGUCUAAUGCUCCAUUUGUCCUUUAAUUCGCAUUAUAUGCCUGUGAUUUAUUGCUAAUCGUCAAUCUUUUACA